AUGCCGGUGAUGAGAGGGCUGCUGGCCCCACAGAACACCUUCCUGGACACCAUCGCCACACGAUUCGAUGGCACCCACAGCAACUUCGUACUGGGAAACGCCCAAGUGCAGUCACUCUACCCCAUCGUGUACUGCUCUGAUGGCUUCUGCGAACUCACGGGCUACGCUCGGGCCGAGCUCAUGCAGAAGAGCUGUGCCUGCCACUUCCUGUACGGCCCUGAGACCUGCGACCGCUUCACAGCGCAAAUCCAAGGAGCCCUGGACGACCGGCGUGAGUUCAAGACCGAAUUGGUCUUCUACAAGAAAGAAGGCACGCACUUCUGGUGUCUUCUGGACAUUGUGCCCAUCAAGAACGAGAAAGGUGAGGUGGUCCUCUUCCUGGUGUCUCACAAAGACAUCACUGAUAAGAAGAAGGACCAGGAUUCGGAACAAGGACCUGACACAGAUGAGGAGACGGGUCUGGAGGUGCAUCAGGUGACUCGGCCCCCCGGUUUUAACGCCAACCGCCGCCGCAGCCGAGCUGUCCUCUACCACCUUUCGGGGCACCUGCAGAAGCAAGACAAGAGUAAACUCAAGCUCAACAAUAACAUGUUUGGGGAAAAACCUCCAAUCCCGGAAUACAAGGUAGCCGCCAUCCAGAAGUCACGCUUCAUCUUGCUCCACUACGGCACCUUCAAGGCCGGCUGGGACUGGCUGAUCCUACUGGCCACCUUCUAUGUGGCCGUCACUGUGCCGUAUAAUGUGUGCUUCACUGUGGUGGGUGGGAGAGACGAAGGCAGCGCCCCCAGAAGCCCCCCUAGUGUCAGCGACAUCCUGGUGGAGAUCUUGUUCAUGCUAGACAUUGCGCUGAACUUUCGGACAACCUUUGUGAGCACGUCGGGUCAGGUGGUAUAUGACGCCCGCUCUAUCUGUGUUCACUACGUCACCACUUGGCUCUUUGUGGAUCUCAUCGCUGCCCUACCCUUUGACCUCCUCUAUGCUUUCAACAUCAGCGUGUACUUUGGGGUCCACCUGUUGAAGACGGUGCGUCUGCUUCGCCUGCUCCGGUUGCUGCAGAAGUUGGAGCGUUACUCUCAGUACAGCGCCGUGGUCCUCACCCUGCUCAUGUCCAUGUUCGCCUUGCUGGCCCACUGGAUGGCUUGCGUGUGGUACUUCAUCGGACGAAAAGAGAUUGAGAGUCCGGGUUCCUGGGACAUUGGUUGGCUGCAUGAGUUGGCCAAGCGUUUGGGGACACCUUACUUCCUGUCGUCUUUGGCUACGCCUUUCCCCACUUCCUCCGGCGUAGUCUCGGCCAACAGCAGCCAGUGGAACGAAUCGGGCUCAGAGUCGGCGGCUCAAGGUCCCUGGAACUCCAGCCAGUAUGGAGGGAACACAUCGGCUGGCGAGGGCACAUCGGCGGGAGGUUCGGGGGUUCUGGGCGGAGGCCCGUCCAUGCGCAGCAGCUACGUGACAUCGCUCUACUUCGCCCUGAGCAGCCUAACCAGCGUGGGCUUCGGGAACGUGUCGGCCAACACAGACUCAGAGAAGAUUUUCUCGAUCUGCACCAUGCUCAUUGGUGCGCUGAUGCACGCCGUGGUGUUUGGCAACGUGACCGCCAUCAUCCAGAGGAUGUACUCACGUCGCUCGCUUUACCACACGCGCACCAAAGACCUGAAGGAUUUCAUCAGGGUGCACCGAUUGCCCAAAGCCUUAGAGCAACGCAUGCUUGAGUGUUUCCAGACAACCUGGUCGGUCAACAACGGCAUCGAUGUCAGUGAGCUCCUGAAGGACUUCCCGGAUGAACUACGGGCUGACAUCGCCAUGCACCUAAACAAGGAACUGCUCCAGCUCCCGCUCUUCGAGUCGGCUAGCAGGGGGUGCCUGCGCUCGCUUUCGCUCAUCAUCAAGACAUCGUUCUGCGCACCCGGCGAAUUCCUCAUCCGCCAAGGUGAUGCCUUGCAGGCCAUCUACUUUGUGUGUUCGGGUUCCAUGGAAGUCCUGAAAGACAACACUGUGCUCGCGAUACUGGGUAAAGGAGAUCUGAUUGGCUCUGACUCGCUGACAAAGGAGCAAGUGAUCAAGACCAAUGCCAACGUCAAAGCGUUGACCUACUGCGACCUGCAGUACAUCAGCCUGAAGGGCCUCCGAGAGGUGUUGCGACUGUACCCGGAGUAUGCCCAGAAGUUCAUCAGCGAGAUCCAACAUGACCUCACCUACAACCUGCGUGAGGGCCAUGGCUCAGAUGCUGACUGGGAAAGUAAUGGCGGCCUGGUAAAGAAGCUUCCCUCAAUACGGGAGGACGAGGAAGGGGCCGACGAGGAGCAGAACUUGGUGUCCCGCGCUCCCCGCUCACCUUUGCGUCUCAGCCGUGGGAUCAACUCGCCACUGCGUUCCCCUUUGCUACCCCCGAGACCCUUCCGCGCCCCCGCCGAGCAGUCCCGACCAGUCACUUUGCAGAUACCUGUGGUCAGCUUUUCAGGCGCGCCUGCAGAGCUCAGCCCCAGGUUUGUGGACGGCAUCGAGACGGAAAACAGUUCCAUCUCCACCCAGAAGUUUGAGUUCAGUCCAAGCAUGUCACCUGCAGCCCCACCGUCACCUUAUCUAGGCAGUCGAGAGUCAUCCGAGAUCAAGCAGAGUGUAUGCAAAUUGUCAGAAGAGAUGAACAGCCUCUCCAGACAAGUAUCCAAGCUCAGCCAGGAGCUUCUGGAAAUGACGCGUCUGCUCAAGCCCCUUCUCCAGAGAGCGCCGCAGCCCCUCUUGGUGGCCACCGAGACAAAUCUGACCCCGCCUCCCAGCAGCAGCGUCAGCCGGCUGUCGGCCAGCGCCAGCUUAACGGCGCCCGCUCCCACCACGCCCUGCACCCUCCUGAGAUCAGACACUCAUUCCUUAUUGGACGGUGGGGACGUGGAGGGCGUGGACUUGCCACAAUGCCUUCUCCCCACUCCUCAUUCACCACAAAGGCCUAAUUCCUCGCCACCCCCGUGCAACAAUCACCCCUCACCAAAGGAAGGACUUUUUGAGGGGUCCCCAGUCUUGGCGUCCUCCAGUAUGUUUUUGUGUUCUCCGCAUGACCACCCCCCGCUAGCGUCAGGCACUCCAUCACCGUCUCUUUCCUUCUCCAUGUCCCUCUCCUCCACUUCGUCCCUUUCCUCCGGCCAACCGUCCCAGCAGGCCAGUUCCGUCAGUCGCCGAAGCCUGCUCCCACCGCCUCCUUCCCAGGACACGCCUCCUCCGCCAUGGCGCUCACACUUCUCCGCACCGGCAUCUCUUGCAUCCUCGCCGGGAGACCGUUGUUUGAGACCGUACCCGUCCGCCCCGCUGGUGUCGCCAGUUGUCGCAGCUCUACCUUCCCUCCUCUCCCUGACUUCGUCUCUGGACUCACCGAGCAGAAAAUCCGGAGAACUCCGCUUUGCUCGGGCUUCUAACUCGCACCUUCAUCGAGAGACCGGGCGGGGGGACGAUGCGCCCCAGGAGAUGGAGAUGCAGGAAUGGCGGGCUGAAGCGGGUGAAGGGAAAAUUUCCUCUGAGCGCAUCAGCUUCAUCGAUGAAGAUGAGCCGGCUGUGUGAGGGGUAGCAGGACAGAAUGAAACAGAAUCAAAGGAGACGAGAUCAGGGAAGCAAUGGCGCUACAACAGCACUCAUUGUCUUAAGGGGUGUCCAAACUACAGCCCAAGGGCUUUUUGCGGCCUGCUGUCCAUUUUAUCCCAGCCCGCGGCAAAUACUAAAAUUAACAAUUGAAGCGACCCUGCAUUGUACAACUUCACAUUCUAGAGUAGCAAGCCAGAAGAGAAUAACAGCAAUUAAUUUUCUUAUCUGUCAUUUCCUUGUUUUCAAGAGAAUUAUGAUUGUUAAGGUGUUGUUCAGAUUGCUCUUGCUUUAGUCUAGAUGAGAUUCUGCUGCGGCUCAGUGCAAGAGCGGAUCUGUUCUCAUGCUACCAGCCACCCAAAAAUCCCAGAAAAUCCUUCAGUCUUUUAUUUACCAGCGGGCAUAUUUUUACCUGUACGGUUUUGGCAUGUUGAAUUGCAAAGUGGCCCUUGGCAGAAAAGGUUUGGACAUCCCUGUCAUACAGUAUCUCAGCGGUUGGCGGUCCUUCCCUGCAGCGACUGUAGCAGAACCUCCUUGUGGAGGAGCACUCCAGUUCAAAGUCACAUUUUGCUG